AUGGUUUUCUCUUACGGCCGCGUUUUUACCGCUGCCUGUGCCCUGAUGGGCUCAGCGGCUGCUGUUAACACUCUUGAAGUCAGUGGCAAGGACUUUGUCGACUCUGUGACCGGUGAUCGCUUCCAGAUUAUCGGUGUUGACUACCAGCCCGGUGGUGAGUCGGCUUUCACCUCUAAGAAGGACCCCCUGAGCCAACCUUCUGCUUGUCUGCGUGAUGCUGCUCUUAUGCAGCGCUUGGGUGUGAACACCAUCCGUGUUUACAACUUGGAGCCCACCCUGAACCACGACGAGUGCGCCUCUAUUUUUGAAGCGGCCGGCAUCUAUAUGAUUCUCGAUGUCAACUCGCCUUUCUCCACUGGCUCACUGAACCGUGCUGAGCCCUGGACCACCUACACUGCCGGCUACUACGAGCAGGUCUUCGGUGUCAUCGAGGCCUUCAAGAACUUCGAUAACGUCCUCGGUUUCUUUGCUGGUAACGAGGUCAUCAACCAGCAGGCCACUUACAGUGCCCCCGCUUACGUUCGUGCCGUUAUCCGUGACAUGAAGCAGUACAUCAGCAACAACGCCAACCGUACCAUCCCCGUCGGUUACUCCGCUGCCGAUAUCCGUAACAUUCUCAUGGACACUGCCAUCUACUUCGAGUGCAACCUGUCGAACUCCACCGAGUCCCGUGCCGACUUCUUCGGUCUCAACUCUUACUCCUGGUGCGGUGAUGCUACCUACACGUCCAGCGGUUACAACGUCCUGACCGAGGACUUCUCCAACGCUACUCUCCCCGUCUUCUUCUCCGAGUAUGGCUGCAACGACGUCACUCCCCGCACUUUCACUGAAGUUCAGGCUCUGUACGGAGAGGACAUGACCCAGGCUUUCUCUGGUGGUCUGGUCUACGAGUGGACCGAGGAGUCCAACGAGUACGGUCUGGUUCAGGUCAACGACAACGGCACCAUCACCACCUUGAUCGACUACGACAACCUCCAGAAGCAAUUCAACAAGCUGGACAUGUCCCGCAUUGAGUCUUCUAACAAGUCCCAGACCAGCAUUGAUCCUCCUACCUGUGCUGCCAAGCUUAUCACCAGCUCUAGCUUCUACAACUCUUGGGAUCUGCCCGCCGCCCCCUCCAAGGUCUCCGACUACAUUAAGAGCGGUCUUCCUAAUGCAAACACCGGAUCUCUUGUUUCGGUCUCCAGCACUACUAUCCCCGAGACUAUCUACGACUACACUGGCACUGAGAUCACUGGUGUCUCUUACAAGGUUCUCAGCAGUGGAGAGUCUGCCGGUCCUAACGGUAACAGCUCGUCUACCUCGUCCUCGACCUCGACUUCUGGUACUUCAUCUUCAUCAUCCACUAGCAACCCCGCCUCUAUGAACAGCGCUCCUGUUGCAUUGGGUGGUCUUGCUAGCUUCUUUAUGCUGCUUGCUUCCCUCCUGUAA